AUGUUUUUGGCAAUAGUAACACGUCCGGACAUAGCCUUUGUAGUAAGUCAUUUAAGUAAGUUUCUGAACAAGCAUAAUCAAAGUCAUUGGCAAGCGGUCAAGAGAGUAUUUGCAUAUCUAAUUGAUAGCGCAAAUGUCGGGAUCAAAUACAGACGUAACAAAAGCAAAAACGAACUUGUUGGUUACACUGACGCGGAUUAUGCGAGCGAUCUAGAAACUCUGCGGUCGACAACGGGUUAUGUAUUUUGUAUGACAAACAGACCUGUGACGUGGUCGUGUCAACGACAAAAAUUAGUGACAUUAAGUACCACUGAGUCUGAAUAUGUGGCAGCAGCAACAGCGGCAAAAGAACUCAUCUGGUCUGGAACUCACAGAAAAUUAUUAAGCGGAAUUCGAUGUGAGAAAGCAACCGUGCUACAUGUUGACAAUCAAAGUAAAAUUAAGUUAGUUCAAAAUACCGAAUUUCACAAAAGAACAAAACACAUCGAUAUCCAAUAUCACUACUUGCGUGAGAAAUGUGACAGCAACGAAAUUCAUAUCGAAUAUGUCUCACCAAAAUUACAGAAGGCAGAUAUAUUGACCAAGGCUUUAUCUCGAAACAGGUUUAAGGAACUGUGCGAAAGCCUGAGUUUAGUAACUAAAAAGACUACAUACUAA